AACGUUCAAAUAAGAAAAAUGCGGAGAAAAUACGAAUAAUAUGCAGUAACAUUUAGUCCAGUUUAUUAUAGCACACUCGUUAUAAUAUUUUGUGCCGAUAAGAAGUCGUAACUUUUGAUAAUUCAAUGCACGAAAGUCCUUCAAAGUCUUACUAUUUAGCAUCACUAAAUCCCAUUUUUCACGGGCUUUCAUUUGGUAUAAAAUUCAUCAUAUCUCCAAUUUAGAAUUAUAGCGUUACGCCCCUUGAAUAAUAUUAUUUACCACCCUGUAGAUAGUAGAGGAUUCAAUAUUAACUUGAAUUUGAAUAUCACAACAGUUUUCUUGCGUAUCGAGAGAACAUUUACAUUUUGAAAAUUGAUAAAAAGAGCUUAUCACGGAUUUCCAAUAAAACAAAUUUUUUCUACAUUCCAUGUUAAUCGAACGAAGUUGUCUUCUCUAUUGAAGAGUUUAGCCUGCUCUGAUGGGAUGAAUUAUUAAGUUUUUGUUUAUACUAUAUGAAGUUUUACUUCUCAAAGAGACGUUUUAUAACAGAAACCUUUUAGGAGAAAUAAAGUUAUGAACGAUAAAUUCCGUGUUUGGCAUGUAAUUUUUUGAUUAUGUAAUUCUUAUAUUAGGGAAAAGUAUCGCCCUCACGAACAAUUACAUAUACACAAAAAACAAAAGUCAAAAGCAAAGGAAAAUUUUCUCGUCCUAAAUGGAUGACAAAAAAAUGUUUAAUUAUUACUGGAAUUAUAUUUGGUAUUUUAGCAAUAGUGGCCAUUGUCAUACCAAUAGCCAUCAUUUUCUCUCGUCACGGUACUACAAGCACCACAACGGUCUAUACUCCGGUAUAUUCUGCUUAUUGGUCAUUAGAUGGAAAUGGAAAUGAUAUGUAUAGUGUGUAUAAUGGUACCAUAUCUGGAAGUUGGAUCUAUUAUGCAUCAGGAAGUACAUACUUCACUACUGGUCAAAGUCUGUAUAUGUAUUCAGGAACCAACAAUUUUUUUCAAAUGACAACAUAUUUUAAUUUAACUUAUCAAAGUUUUACAGUGGAAAUGUGGAUCUAUCCGACUACCCUUUCUGGUGACAAUCCAUUAUUUAGUCAAUGUACAUGCACAUCGUGUACAAGUCAAUGUUUGUUUUUAAUUUUUAGAAGUAGUCAGCUCUAUAUGGGUUUUAAUUUCAACGAUUUACAAGGUUCUACAACUUUUUCCACAAAUACAUGGUAUCACGUGUCUUUUGUUUAUAAUUAUCAAACAUCACAACAAAUAAUUUAUAUUGAUGGCGUGCAAGAUGCUAUUCGUUCAAGUGUGACCACUCCCUAUCUCGGUUCAAAUGGUACAAUCUAUUUUGGCUAUUCGAUACUUUCAGGAUCAUCUAGUCAAUAUUAUGGUUAUAUUGACAAUGUCGCGUUAACAACUAGAGCGAAAAGUACAUCGGAAAUAUUGACUGAUGCGACGCAAAUUUUUUAUUAUUCAUUUGAUCAGCCGAAUCCCUACUAUGAUAACGGAGUUAAUCAUAUAAAUAGUACCAAUUAUAAUAGUCUGACCGCUUCAUCUGGGCGUGUGAAGCAAGGAAUUCGUUUUACAACGACAUCAUCAUAUUUUCAAAUGUAUUCAUUUUCUCAGUUUGGUGUUUACAACUAUAAACCAUGGACAUUUGCCGUUUGGAUUUAUCCUACAUCUGUGGCUGGUGUCGGUUCAGUGGCCGUUCCAAAUUACUAUACCAGUGGCGGACAAAUGUACGUUACACUUGGUUAUGCCUGGGGUUCUUGUGAGGGUUAUGUACCAUGCACAGGAUAUCAAGGAAGUAUGGAUGAAUUUUAUGCAUAUAGACGAGAACUGAGUGCAUCAGAAAUACAUUCACUUGCUAAUCCGUAA